AUGGAGAAUCUACAGAUCCAUUCGAGGAGCUACAUUGUGCGCUGGGUGCACGUCAAUGAAGGACAUUCGAUUGGAUGGAGUGUGCAGCCGCACAAGAAAAGCAUCAACUUUGGCAUCUUCAAACAUCCUGGAACAAAGAAUGGACUGGCCCCUGGAAUGCCCACCUCGUCUGCCACCCUCGAUCCUCCGCCGAGCGCCCAUAGCAAUGACGAACCCUUGAACGAUGGAAGAAAGAGAAGAGGAUCGGUGGCCAAGCAUGAGGCUAGCACUGUCAUAGAGAAACUGCACAGCAUUGGCUUGCGCUGUGUUGAAUGGGUGGGCAAUUGCGAGGCUGAUAAAGUCAGAGUCGGCACCUACGAUGUUGGCCCUGGACAGGGAGGCAUGUACGGUCUUGUGUUCGACAACACCUUCAGCAAGACUGUCUCCAAGACUGCCACGCUCGUACUCAUGACGCACCCUACCAACGCACCGCCAAAGUCGAGAGCUCAACUCAAGGCUCAACCGAGUUCGUCGAAUCUCAAGACCAGUCCGCGCAUUUCUGCUUCACCGGGAGCUUCUGUCGAGUCGUUGGGGAAAGAGUUGGAAAACACACAAGCUGCAAAGGGUCCAAGGUCUUCGUUCCAUCAGUCGCUUGCGCCGCACGAUAUCCACAGCGGCACCCUGGGCAAGCGUCGCAGAAAGAAGGGUCAGGGCUAUGCUCGUCGUUUCUUCUCUCUCGACUUCACCUCUGGAACCCUGUCCUACUACCGCAACAGUCAUGCUUCUGCUUUGCGUGGCGCUGUGCCUCUGUCGCUAGUCGCAGUCGGUUGUGACUCCAAAACUCGCGAGUUCUCCGUCGAUUCUGGUGCCGAGGUUUGGCAUCUUAGAGCCAGCAAUCAGAAGGACUUUGAGGAGUGGAAAGAAGCUCUUGAACGUGCUUCAGCAACUGCUGUUUCUGGUCCCUCUACUCCGGCUGCCUUUACUCAGAACAGAAGCCCCUUUGCUAGCAACUCGGAAGCUGUCACAUCUGUCGAAUGGGAACGUGCAGAGGAGAUUGUCAGCAGAAUUUCUGGUUCUCGUGAUGCUUUGCGCAGACUUGCUCAGGACACUGAUGUCAAGAUUUCACCUUCCAUUGCGGUCGCUUCACCAAGCGCUUCUUCUGUCGAGUCAACCACAAACCCCUUCUUCGCCGAUGCCGAUACAGCUUCUGCAACCACCUCUUCUGAACGGCUGCCUUUCUGGAAACGCAAGCCUAGUACAGCUAGCAAGGAUGCUCCUGGCUUCAAGCGCAAGACUUCUGGUCAGCAGCUUGAAGUCCCUCAUGGAUCUGCCGCUACUUCCAAUUCGACCUCCCCAGUACCGAGCUACUUGAACAAACAGCCUCAUACCACAUCCAUCACCAUGCAGGAAACUCACGAACGAUGCUUAGCACUUCUUCGCGAUUUGGAUAAUGUGGUGAAUGACUUCUCCGCUCUACUGGCAGAAUCAAAAGCACGUCGCAUGUCCAUCAAUCCGAACCUGCUUGCUCCUGCCGCUUCUCGUCUAUCCAUCGACUCGGUAUCUUCGCAAGAAUUCUUUGAUGCCGAGGACGCUCCAUCCCAACUCUUGUCAAUCAGAAGAUCUAGUGAAGCCACACAUGAAGACUUCCAAGACAUCACUUCUAACGGAGAUGAUUCUGACACCAGCAGCGAUGUGGGAGAUGCUACAGAGAUUGCAAACGACACAACUACUGCAGCCGGCCAGAUGUCUCUCUUCCCUGCUAAACCUGUACCGUUGACUUCGCAACUGCCAAAGGUCUCUUAUCGCACAACUAUAUCGCCACCCAAGCAACCUCCUCCGUCGCUCAUUGGCUUCCUCAGAAAGAAUGCUGGAAAAGACCUGAGUACUGUCAGCAUGCCAGUCACUGCAAACGAGCCACUUUCGGCUUUACAGCGUCUUGCCGAACCUUUCGAAUCUGUUGACCUACUACACAAGGCUUCUUCAUUGUUGUCACCAGACAAAGCUCUAGAUCGACUUGUGUAUGUUGCAGCAUUUGCAAUUUCCAACUUUGCCAGCAAUCGUGUCAAGGAAAGAGCGAUUCGAAAGCCUUUCAAUCCCAUGCUUGGUGAGACUUACGAACUCAUCCGUCCAGAUCUUGGCUUCCGCUUUGUUUCUGAGAAGGUGUGCCAUCGACCAGUGCGUAUGGCCUUCCAAGCCGAUGCUCUGGACUCAGCAUGGUCACUGUCUCAAUCUCAACAACCAACUCAGAAAUUCUGGGGUAAGAGUGCCGAACUCAACACGGAAGGCAAGAUGAGACUGGUUCUUCACAACGUAAAUGGCGAGAAGUAUUCUUGGACAUUGGCAACAUGUUUCCUCCGCAAUGUAAUUGCAGGCGAGAAGUACGUCGAGCCUGUGGAAAGCAUGACUAUUGUCAAUGAGACUACUGGAUCAAAAGCCGUUGCUACUUUCAAAGCUGGAGGCAUCUUCUCUGGUCGCAGUGAAGAAGUGACAACACAGUUCUACGAGGCUUCAUCUGCAUCCCCACUCGGAACCACAUUGGUUGGCAAAUGGACAGAAAGCCUGUCUCGUACCGACACCGGCGAAACAGUAUGGACAGCUGGUCCUCUUGUUCCCAAUGCAGCCAAGGUAUACGGAUACACCUCGUUUGCAGCCUGUCUCAACCAACUCGACGACAACGAAAAGAACGCAAUCGCACCCACAGACUCACGCCUCCGUCCCGAUCAACGCGCCCUCGAAGACGGCAAAACAGACGAAGCCGAAGCCCUCAAAGCACGUCUUGAAGAACGACAAAGAGCACGAAGAAAGGUCUUGGAGACACAUGGUGUGGAAUGGAAACCGAAAUUCUUUGAUCUUGUCAAGGGAGAGGAAGGUGAUGAAGAGGUUUGGAGAUUGGUGGGUGGCAAACACGGGUAUUGGGAACGUAGAGAUAAGGGUGAUUGGAAGGAUGUGGAGACUGUGUUUGAGACUUGA